AUGCGUGUAAAGAAGCUGAACGUGAACCGGCGCCAUAAACCAGGGGAAGACGAGGCGGCUAUUGGUAUUGCAGCGGGUGGGGACAGCGAGCAGCGAAGGUGGGUAAGCCCCACGAAGUUUUUGCAAGAAGGAGUUGCAUCCGGUAGCAACAGUGGCUCCAGCAGUCCCACUGACGUCCAGCAGCAGCAGCAUUUAGACACUCGUUUGCCCUUGCAAUUUCAGACAAACAACACUGGUUUGGAGCUCUACGUGGGCGGAGCUGGUGGAAUUGUCGCAGUGAUGCCGAAUGCAACAGUAGCUGAUGUUGACAUGCAUGGGGACAAGAUAGAUGAGAAUCCUAUUCGCACUGCAAUGGUCAGCAGGAUUGUAGAGAUGUUGCAAGCGAUGAAGCCCAAUGCACCGGAGAAAGUAUUGGCUGCAUUGCCGAGGCUUGCCCAACACAUGGAGAAGACUUUAUUUAAGCUGGCUAAAAACGAAGCUGAGUACUGCAAUCCUGCAACGCUGCGGCAGCGUAUUGUUCACAUUCAGGAAAGCAACGCCAAGCGUCUACUGGCACAGCAGCAGCAACAGCAGCAAACGUCAGAAGAGAAGAGCACCGGAAACGAAGCUAUGUCAACACUUAAAGCAGUGACGGAAGAGCAAGCUUGCAUCGUGUUCCAUCAUCUACAGUCAUGGCGCCAGAAACUGGUAAACAUGUACGGCGUGGCACCGUGGGACAUUUUGCCCAAUUCGAUGCUUGCCAAGGUGGCACUUUACAUGCCGUGUACUGAGCAGGAACUUGCCAUGUGCGGAGUAGAAAAUGACAAAAUUGUACGAUUUGGCUCUUCUCUCAUGCAGAAGCUGCAGCACCUUCGUGGCCGUAGCAAACGAAUCAACAGUGUCAAGACCAUACAAGGUCGUAAGCCAAGUCUCGGUAAACGUGGCUCUCGCGAGUCGUUGGCUAGUGGUAGCAGCAACAAGAAGCCGAAGAAUGGGAAAAUUGCGCGUCUAAUUCCGACAGCUUCCAGCUUAAGCAGUUCCUUGCUCAUGUCGCCGCCGCCCCUGUUUCCUUCUGCUGACUCGCUACCAACGUUGCUGCCAACAGUCUCAAUGAUGCCCGGAGGAGGUGUGUCGACUUUUGCCACAGCAACAGGCAAUUCAAUGGUGAUGAAACAGUCUUCGUUUUCUUCAGUGGCACGGCUAUCUCCUGCGCAAACGUCCCAGCAGCCAUUCUUUUCUAGGUUACAGCCGCAACAGCAGCAGCAGCGACAGCAAGGAUCAUCUUCUCCUGUACAGGAGAAUCACAUGCAUUUGCUGGUUGAAGGGGCAGGUCAAUUGAGUAAAGAACAAAACGCCAAGAGCGUCGAGGCGUACGAGCAGGAGGUCCAAUCACUCCGAUGGAUGUUACAUCAGUCGCAGCAGGAGAAGUUACGGCUGGAGCAGGAGGUUCAGCGAUUGCAGUCGGAGCUACAUGGUUCACAUAUGAACAAGUAA